UCACAAAUGAACAAAUCAACGUUCAGUAAGUCUUGAUUGAUAAGAAAAAGCCAUUGCGCGCAUGUGAAAUUAUCCGCAGGAAAUACGAAAACAGCAACAAGCAAAUACACAAACUACACUCAUCUCCUUAUUCAAAUAUUUCUGCAAAAAUUUCAAUCACCUUUUGCAUCAUGAGCGGCCAAUUAUCUCCUAGCCUCUGAAUAAUGAAAAAUAAUUUUUCCAGCGAGAAGAAAAAAUGAAUUGAACCAGCGAUUAACAAUAAUCACAAACAAUUAGCCUUAGUGAAUAAUUUUUUUAGCAUGAAAAAGACAAUUGCAUGAUACGAACGAACAUGAAAAUGCCAAAUGCAUGAUUCUCUGGUCAAUACAUUCGAUGUACAAUUAUUGGAACGUAUUUGCAGUGGUGAUGAGUCCAAUACUGGCAGGUGAAUUGCUCUUCUUCGCUAUCUUCGGACAAACAACACAUGAGCAAUUCAAGGUGGUGGGGAAGAAAAGUCAGCAACCGUGGACAACAGUAUUCUUCAAAUUGGCAUUUGGAAUUUACAUGCUGGUAUCGGUGGUUGUUCUAAUCAAUCUGCUUAUUGCGAUGAUGAGUGAUACAUACCAAAGGAUUCAGGCACAGUCUGACAUUGAGUGGAAGUACGGCUUGAGUAAAUUGUUUAGGAAUAUGCACAGAACAACAACAGCUCCAUCACCCCUGAACCUCGUCACAACCUGGAUGACGUACUUCUGCAGAUUGUGCAAGAAACGAACAGCCAAGAAACAGCGUCCAUCAUUAAUCCACCUAAUGAGUCUUCAUCGAUCCAGCAGAAUGUCACCACGCACCAAAGUGGGAGCAAAGUGGUUGUCUAAGAUAAAAAGAACUCAGGUGGCGCACAAUGACAGUGUUGCCGUGCCUGUUGGACAUCUGAGUCCCCUAGGAAGUCAAUUAUCCUUCAGUAAUGCCUUGAGAAUCGAUACCGUGGUUGAUUGGGACGAGGUGAGACGAAAAUACCGUGCCCUAUUCUGCGAUGAGCCUGAGAAAAUAGCGGAAGAAACUCCAGACAUGGCUGAAACCGAGCAACUAACGAUCAUCGAAGAGACUGCGCCCCUUCCAAGCACUAAUAACAUCCCGGGGGCGCUAUUAUAAUCUCCAGCUCUUCUGCGUUCUCAUUAUGUGAUAGCCAAUCCUAUUGACGUUACGGAAAAUCUCUUUUUCGCGAUUUUCGGGCAGAAGGAUACUGA